CGGUUAGGUUAAAGGUUAGGUUAGAGUAAGAGGCUCUGUAUUGAAUUAUGUCAAUUAGAUGCCCCAUGAAGAAAGAGGAACAAACGUGUGUAUGUUUGUGAAGCUGUUCACUAAAAAUCUAGUUUUCAGAGUUCAACAGAAGCUCUUAUGAAGCUCAAAACCUACCUGUGAGAUUGGCGGGAGAUAUUGUGUGCUGCCGUAUUUCCGUUCAGACAGCUGGUUCAAAUAGUUUAGUUUAACUACAUCAAGGGAUAAAACGUUGAACGUUGAAGGAGGACCAGCUUCAUGCUUUUACAAAUACAGAAACUAAAUGAACCACAGAAAAUGGGAAGGACAUUAAAGGAACUGUGAAGAGGUCGUCCUGUGGUGACUUAGGAACAGCUAAUACUUCUCAUUUCACUCUCUGAAACACUUACAGGGUCUACUUAGUGUUUUUCUUUCAGUCCUGCAUUGAUCUGAGGACAUGGAGACACAGACGGGUGUUUGGCUCCUGGCAGCGCUGCUGAACGUUUCUUUAGCAGAAGAUAAAUACGUUGCUGUUGGUGGUAAACUGGAGCUGAGGCCUAAACCACCAUCAGCAGUAGCCAUAACCAACAUCCUGUGGAAACACAACGGUAAUCUGGUAGCAGAGUGGGCACAGGGAGCGGUUGAGCUGACACAUUACGGGUCGUUUAAAAGCCGAACAACACUGGACAUAAACGCUGGAGGUCUGGAAAUCAACAACAUGGUAGAAUCUGACGCGGGGCUGUACACAGUGGAAAUCAACAGCCAAGUUCAGAGUCCGAGCUAUGAUGUUAAAAUGAUCAAAGAUGUGCCCAAGCCUGAGGUAUGGAUGCGAUUACUGACAUGUGCCGCUGAUUCAGAAGCGUGCACGCUGUCCUGUGAUGGAGACACUGGAGGGGCUGAACCUGUGACCUACAGCUGGAAGGAGGGAGACGGAGACUGGAAGGAGUCGGGAAAGGACAUGAAAAUCACCAAGACUAACACAGGUGUUAAAACCUUCUCCUGCAAGAUGAAGAACCCGGUCAGUGAGAAAGAAAGUGAACCUGAACCCAACCCGUUCUUCCAAAGAAAACUUCCAGACUGCCUCUGGACUAAAGUUUUAGGGGCUGUGAUGAGAUCCUUGGCAAUCGUGGCACUCUUUGUGACUGUUGUGUUCUUCUGUUAUCUGAACCGAGAGACCGUCAGGAAGCUGAUCUGUCCAUGUCAACGUGGAAAAGGUGACGAUAACGCACCUCCACUUCCUGAUAGAGAUUAAAGCACGUCAGCCCUGCAGCCACUUCAGACUGUGUCACAUAUAACCAUCUCCCAGGUGAAGUUCAGUCUUCAGACAAACACAAAUGCUCCUGCUCUGUGUUUUUACUGUUAUUUUAGUCCGUGUUAACACUGAUUCUUUCACCAGCAGUUAGUUAUCUGUGAAGCACAGCUCGUCUUAUCUAGUGAAUGUGACACGUUGGCUGUUGGUUUGAUGAACUAGACUCCCUGUUUGUUUUCAUUGAAACUAUGUUUUUAACUGAUACAUGUGUUUCUGCUGUCUCUAACAUAAUUAUGACCAAAAGCAAAGCGUUUGUGUCUGUGAUGGAAAAAUGUGCUCUUCUUGUCACUUAAUAAAAGUACAUUUACUCCAGUACUGUACGUUAAGGUAC